AUGCGGAGUGGCUUCUGGGGCAAUGUCAUUAAUGCAGCAUGUAGUCCGGUGAAUGGUGCCAUUAAUGCGGCGUGGCUCUUUGAUUCACUUUACCUAGAAGCGUUCUCUAUUAAGCCUCUUCAUGCCUACUAUCGGGAGAUCACGAGUUCUCCAUAUUUCUCACCCACCUGCCUGUGUAGGAGGAAUAAUUGGCUCUUUGAACAGCAAUUCCAAUCCCCUUAUCAGUUAUCAAAUCUUAUCCAAUCAGAACUGAGUUCUAUUAAAUUGUGGAUUGAGAAUGGUACUCAACAGAAAGUAACCCAAGCUACUAGAGUUAACAGAUGGAUUGCUCCACCAUUAGAUAUGUUCAAAGCCAACUGGGAUGCUGCCAUUGAUAAAAUCAACUCAAGGGUGGGGAUUGGUGUAAUUGUUAGGAAUUCAGAAGGAGCUGUUAUGGCAUCCUUAUGUUCUUCGAUGGACCUGUUCCCGGAUCCACUUCUUGGUGAGGCCAUAGCAGCUCGAAGAGCCUCUUCCUUCUGUGCAGAUCUGGGUUUUCAGCAUGUCAUACUCGAAGGUGACUCCUUGCUGGUGGUGAAGGCAAUCCAAAUCAAGGAAGAUAGUUGGAGUGAUUCUGGCCUUGUCGUUAGAGAUAUUAAGAUUUUGCUUUCUAAGUUCCUCUCUUGGUCUGUCUUACACGUCCACAAGGAAGUUAAUGUAAUUGCACAUCACUUGGCAAAAUUUGCUCUUAGUUGCCAAGAGGAUUGCAUAAUGAUUGAGGACUGUCCCCCUUGUAUCAAGCAACUACUAUGA